AUGAGCUCACCCCGGCAAUUAGAAGAGAAUAGCAUCCCGGCGGAGCAGCAGAAUCAGACUGGAGAUGUCCCUGAGUCGCCAAUCAGGGAUGAAAAGCCAGUAUUCAUGGACCUGCCCGAGAUACCGUCGACGAACUUGAGCUUUGACUUUUCAACGCUCAUCGAUCCGGAGACUGCUGCAAAAGUGGAAAAAGUGCAGAAGCGCCAGUCGAAUGUGCUGAAGCUUGCAGAGGAGAACGAGAAGCUCAAGGCGGAGCUCAAGGCGAUGACUGACCGUCUGGAGGCCGCUGAGCGACGCAAAAAAGAAUUGAUAUCGCUGGAAGAGCGGUCGACGUAA